AUGGAGAAGCGAAAACAUUAUCCACUUCUACUGAGUGCGCUUGUUGCGUUGUUCAGCCCCUCCACUGCAAUCCCCUACAAUCCAACCUCCAUAUUCCUAUCCCCGCGACACAACGACUCCCUAGCCUACAUCCUCCGGCCCAACUCCGCCGGUACCGAGUUCCUCUCUCUGAACCUGUCCAGCAAUAUCAAUGCCGACAAUCUAUCAUACACCACCCUGUUAAGCAAUACACCCUUUCACAGCGCGGACGGGAACUCAACCUUCACCCCCGCCAUCGACGAGCAAGGCCUGAUCACUGUCUACGCGGGAGACUGCCACAACGCAACUGAUCACCCGAUAGUAUGGCAGUUCCACCCAGAUAUCAACAGUUCAAUCGGCAACGGGACUUGGAAUAAGUUAUCCGUCAAUGUCAACAAGAAUGAAAAGACCACGCCGAAUCAUCUCGCUGCGGGGUUUACCUACUCAGCUAGCCAUGCGAACGAAAGCUCCAUGUACACCUUCGGAGGCAUGUGUCCGUUCGCCAACAGCACAGACGAAACAUGGAUCGAGGCAGCGAACUAUUCCCAGACAACGGUUGUUCUAGGCCAAAGUCCGUAUUACAGUAAUAAAUAUACCGCCGACACGACUGGAAACCGGGCACCGCCUGUUGCUGAAGCUGGGAUGGCCGUUGUCCCUCUUCAAGCUACCUUUUCUGCUGACUCGGUAGCGAAACAGCAGGACUUUUUGUUCAUUGGUGGUCAUACCCAACUGGCAUUUUUAAAUAUGUCCCAACUUGCUAUUUUUUCACUGCCGCAGCAGAGUUGGAGUUUUGUUUCUGCGAGUGGGGAACCCUCGACGAGGAACGAGUUGGCUAUUCGGGAUGAGGCUGAUGUUGAGCCUCGCUCGGGCCAUACUGCUAUUCUCUCGGAGGAUGGGAAUAAGGUCUUUGUACUUGGAGGCUGGGUGGGUGAUACGUCUGUCCCCGCUGACCCGCAAUUUGCAGUCUUGGAGCUUGCACAAGGGUUUGGUGGAGCCACUGACUGGGUCUGGACGACACCCUCUUCGGAUGGACUGGGAAUUGCUGAAGGUUCUGGGAUUUACGGGCAUGGGGCGGCGAUGCUCCCUGGAGAUGUGAUGAUGAUUUCUGGAGGAUACACCAUCGCGAAGCAAUCGUCAAAACGGGCGGUGAAUGCGAAUGCCAACUCACAGGUCUACCUUUAUAAUGUGACUUCAAACAGCUGGGUCAAUUCCUACCGCAACCCUGCGGCCACGUCGGAAUCCGCCUCAAGCAAGAGCUCAAAUAAGCUUUCGUCGUCACAAAAGACUGGUCUAGGAGUCGGUUUGGGUAUUGGUUGUCCUGCUGCCAUGGCUCUUAUAUUGCUUGCAUGGAACUACUGGCGAAAGCGCGGAGUGAAGGGCCAGCGAGACUCUCAGCUGCGCGAGCUGGCUCUCGGCGCGGAACGAGCUCACUUCUGGGGCCGAAAUGAUCCGAAUCAAGCGAGUAGCAUUCGCAGCUCUGGAUUGAGCGAGAAAAGAGAUCCUCCCGUGUAUCCCUGGUCGGCAAAUCACAGCCAGACAGCUCAUCCUGACUGGAAUCACCAGGGCGACACCGCGGCGGAAAGAACUGGACUGCUUAUGGACGCUCCAAGUCCACCAAAGAACAACCCCCCUCCUGCCAACACCAGACCAUACUCAAACCGCUACAGUGAAUAUCGACGGAGUGAUGCCACCGGCGAGAUUCACCCAAUUGAUGAGCGCGAAGAAGAUGAGGCCAUGUUCAGAGAACGUGUAAUGGCAACUAUUCCAGCCGCAUCACAAAUCCAAACCGCGGCGAAGAUGACCGAGAAUGAGGACCAAAAUCCCUUCGCUGAUACUCCCUACGGAACUCCUCGGAGUACCAUUUUCGGUGUUGGCCUGGGACCCUUUUACAGCCGGAGGAAGGACAUCGGCUCAGCAGAUGCCGAGUCUCCAACCAAGAGCGAACGGACAACCACAGACCUAUCAGAAAGCUCACAAUUCUCUUUCGCCUCCGCUCAACCAAUAGGCCGAGUUCACCAAGCCAAAGCCAUAAUCAUCGAUCGAGAUCGACCCUACAGCUGGGGUAGCAGCCUGGAGCACUUCGCCGCAGCCUCAACACACAGCGACCCAGACGGCGUCGCCCCAUCCGAGAAAUCCUCCGCAGACUCCUACUCGACAGCACAAACCACCAUGUCCCACCGCCUAGCAGAGAACGAUUCUCUCCUCUUCGACCUCGACCCUGCCCAACCAGCAGAACCCCCUUCCCCCUCCAAGCUCCCCAGAGAAAAGUCAAGGCCCACCUCAGGCGGCUGGGUGAUGAACACCAUGCGCAGAGCCCUAACCAUGACUCGCCGCCCAGACCAGCGAGACUCCUUCGCACCAACCACCAGCACUGGUCUAGCCUCCGGCAUCGACCGCGGCAGCACAGUACUGGGCUCGGGCCAAGGAUCCCCAUCAUCCAGCACGCCCCGGCGCACGGUCAGCGCCUCGGCAGAGCUCUUCCGCCGCAAGCAAGGUGCCAAAGACUGGAAUGCGAAGCGCGUCUCAGACGACGUCUUCAACACGGCCCGUUCGUCCCGCGAUGACCUUUUCCGAGACGCCCCGGGAUACCUGGGCAACGACGCCUUCGAGGAAGCUGACGAUAUCCACGAUUGGGAUCUCGAGGGCACCGCCGAUGGUCGUCGUGUGCAGAUGACUUUCACUGUUCCCCGUGAGAAAUUGAGGGUUGUUAAUGCCUCAGCUGGGGACUUGGAUAGUGUCUCUGAGAUAUCAAUCAGUCGGCCUGGUAGUCGACGGGUUAGUACUUGA